ACUACACAAUUCGCUCUCGUUGAUCAUAGCAACUAUAAGUAAGACGUUAACGAUAGCGCAUACCAAGUGCCUAUAAUACAUUUUUUGUGCUUUUUAAACGCGCCCUAAAAUCUAAAAAAAUGAUCAAAACUUUGACCGUUGUCUUUUGCAUCGCUGUGACCAUGGCUAUGGCCAAGCCAGCUUCUUACACAACCAAAUUUGACAACGUAAACAUCGACGAAAUUUUAGAAAACGACCGUUUGAUAAACAACUACUUCAAAUGUCUUAUGGACACGGGAAAGUGUACCCCGGACGGGGAAGAACUUAAACGUGAGUAUUUAAAACUUAAAGUUACUAAAAAACAUAUAGACUCUUACACGUUAUUAUAGUAUCUCGUAUCUAACGUAUAGUACAAUAAUUUAAUUACAUUAUUUUUUAAAUCAUUUACGAUACUUAUAGAUAUAACAAUUAUUAAUAUUUUUAUUUAUUUUUUGAAGCGAAUUGCUCGGGUUAAAUAACUCUGAAGAAAUCAAUCAAUAUAUUUAUUUAUUGUUUAAUUUUGACAAUUUUUUCUUAUUUAUUAAUUUUCUGAAAACAAUUUAUUCUAAUACAAUCCGAUUUAUGUCUACCGGUAACCUAACCUAACUUAACCUAACCGGUGGAAACUAUAAACGAAAUUCAUUUGGCUUGAUAGUCAAGUAUAUCAGUAAGAACUCGACCAACUAAAAAUAAAUAAUUAAUAUAAAACACCAGAAGAUGCUCAAGAUUUCGUAGUGUGAGAGUAUAAUAAAUGAAGAUGCGUUAAAAAAAAUGUUUAAGAGAAAAAGUAUUAAUAAUAUGAUGGGUCACUGUAUGAUUGUACCGUAAUAACUUGUUGAAGAUUAUUAUUGAAGGUUAUGAAUGGUAAAACCGGAAGAGGAAUCCUGUAAAGAUGGAAGAUGCACCACAAAUUCUGAAGGAUAUGAGAGUGAAAAAUCAUUAAAAGCGAAAGAAACGUAGUAAUGACAGAAAAAUAUGGGGAGUUACGGUCAACCAAUCGAAAGAUUGGUUAUAGACCAAAAUAGGGAUUAUAAUAAAAUACUACAUUUUAAUUUGCAGUGCAUAAUAACAAUUUUUUAAAUAUAUUUCUUUUAUACAUGCCGAUAAUUCAUUUUAAAUACAUUUAUUUUUUUUGGUCAAUAAAGCAUAGGUAUACUAUCUAUUAUUCCUAUUAUAUUUAUUCAUGUUACAUAAUAUACUACGGAAUGUUUCAAUAAAAUUUAAUGUACUUUUUUUCAUGUUUUCCAAUUUCGUAGUAAAAAUGACAAUACAUAAUUAAUUAGAUAGGUGUCAUUACAACUUGUUAAAGUUAAAAUCCAAAAACGCGGUUUCAGAUUUACAGAACAACAAAAAAAAAAAAAAAAAAAACUGUAUAACAAAGUAUUUUUAAUUUAUUAUAAUAUUAACUGUUUUAUACUUGAAUUGUGCAGGGAACUUACUGGACGCGGUACAAAAUAAAUGUGCAAGCUGUUCGGAAAAACAAAAACUGGGCUCUGAAAAAAUUAUUAAGUUUUUGUAUGAAAAGAAAUCCGAUCUCUGGAAGCAACUCGAAGACAAAUAUGAUCCCACGAAGAUAUACAGACAACAAUAUGUGGAAGAAGCGAAGAAAUUAAACAUUGAAAUUUAGAUCAAAAUUAGUGUUGCAAUUUUAUAUUGAUCAAAUAACAAUAAAAAUAAUAUUGUAUAAUUUAUUUUACCAAAAUAAUACAAUAAUAGUAUAGUACAUACCAUUUAUAUAAAUGAGCAAUAUUUACCAAAUUUUUCCAUGUGAAAAUGUACACCAUAAUGUUUAUAAACAAAGAAUAAAUCAAUUUUUUACAUAUUUUAUGAGUUAAUAUUUAAAAAUGGUUUUGUCUGUUUGAGUUUUCUAACAUUUGUCUUAUACUUUGAGAGUCUUUUAAUGUAUUUGAAUACUUUUGACUAAGCAUUGACUAAGCAUCUUGGACAAUCUUUGUAAUUGGAUUUCAAAUAAUUUCAUGCAAAUACUUUUCUUAACUCAAAAUAACUAUUCGUCGCAUGUCGGAUCGUUUUUUUUUGAUAAUUAAUUAAUAAUAGACGUAUUAUUUUAAAACAUAAUGUUUUUGCUCAUAAAUGUUCAGAACACCC